AUGUCCAUACUGUUGGUUGACUCGUACGACUCUUUCACCUACAACCUUCGGGAGCUGAUCGAGAGAGCGACAGGGUGUGCGGUGUUCACCGUUCACAACGACUCCUACCAGCUGCCUGCUGAGCAGGACAAUCUAGAUCGGCUAAUUAGCUCAGUCGAUGCCAUAGUUGUUGGGCCCGGUCCAGGAAAUCCAGAACAGUCCCACGACGUUGGCAUCAUUCCGCAUCUCUAUUCCAAGUAUACGGAGAUUCCAAUACUCGGAAUCUGUCUAGGGUUUCAGAGUCUGUGUUUGGUCAAUGGUUGCAAAAUUCGGCUUUUGCACGAGCCCGUUCACGGGCAAGUUAGCAAGAUAAGUCUUCAAGGAGAGUCCAGUCUUUUUGCUGGAAUUGAGUCGGGAUUUGACAGUGUGCGGUACCAUUCCAUCUACGUCUCCGAAAUAACAGACAAUAUCGUCCCGUUGGCGUAUUCCGAGGACGGUUGUUUGAUGGCAGCACAACACGUUACUUAUCCCCACUUCGGCGUUCAGUACCACCCGGAAUCCAUCUGUUCCAAUAUGGGUGCUGAAAUGCUUUCCAACUUUGGCGAGCUUGUGCAGAAAACCGGUCAGAAACGUGUUGCGGACAAACAUCUGCUUAAUGUCCAACCGCUUAUCCUACAGUUCAGCUCGUCCAAAGAGUUUGACUUCCAGUUUGAAAAAGUGUCUAGAAAAGAGACCCUGUCUGUUUGUGAGAUCGGAGACGACUUUCUUUUGCUGAACAGUGCCUCUGUACCGGGGAAGUGGACCAUAAUUGGGUUCCCAGAGCCAAACACCAGUCAGCUGAUCACCCAUUCUCAGAGUUCCGGUUUAAGUGUGGGUGUGUGGAAAGGCGCUUCGGAAGCGGUUAACCAGGAUUUGUGGCCCUAUGUUUCUCGGUUUAUGGCUGAAAGAAAGUUCCAGCCUCGCAUUGACGAUCCAGAACUGAAAGACUGCCCCUUCAUGGGAGGUUUCAUUGGGUUCAUCUCGUACGAGGAAUCUGCUCCGCAAGAUGUCGAGCCAAUCACUUCGAGCCCAAUUCCAGACACAAAAUUGUGUUUCACCGAGAGAUUUGUUGCCACUAACGAGAAUCACACGUUUGUGGUGAGUAUUCGUCCCAACGAUGACCUGUGGAUCGCCGACACAACAGCCAAAUUAAACACUCUCAAUCCGUCCGUUUCUGCUAGCAACAUCCCUGCAAAAAUUGAAAUGCCCGACAAACAGCAGUACGUCGAGAGUUUCAACAAGUGUCAAGAAUACUUGCAUUCCGGGGACUCGUACGAGCUGUGUCUGACCACACAGUGCAAGAUUCACAUUGACAACACUAUCUCUCCGUGGGAAGUGUACAAGAGUCUGGUGAGCAACAACCCAUCCCCGUACUCUUGCUACCUUGAUUUCGGAGACGCCAAGCUCCUCUCAUCUUCUCCAGAACGGUUCCUAUCGUGGGACGAUGAACACUGUCAAAUGAGACCGAUCAAGGGAACCGUUAAGAAAGAUUCAACCAUGACUUACGAGAAAGCAUGCAAGUUAUUAAAGAUUCCCAAAGAACUCGGCGAAAACCUCAUGAUCGUUGACUUGAUCCGUCAUGACUUGUACCAGAUGCUGAACAAGGUGGAGGUGACAAAACUCAUGUCUGUCGAGGAGUACCACACCGUUUACCAGUUGGUUUCUGUCAUUGAAGGAGAUUUACAUGGUAGCAACUACUCGGGAAUCGACCUGCUCAAACACUCUCUUCCACCAGGAUCCAUGACGGGAGCUCCUAAAAAACGCAGUGUUGAAUUGCUCCAUGAACUGGAGCACCAGAAACCAAGAGGACUCUAUUCAGGAGUCUGUGGAUUCUGGUCUGUAAAUAACCGUGCCGAUUGGAGUGUGGUAAUCCGCUCGUUGUUCAACUACGAGGACGAUCUUUGCUCUACUGCAUCUUCGAGAUGCUUCAGAUGUGGAGCAGGAGGCGCGAUCACCGUUCUUAGUACGUGCGAAGGAGAGUGGGACGAAUUAGUCCUGAAGUUGAACAGUGUCCUUAAAGUAUUUAAAUAG